ACGGGCCCUAAGACGUCGGCGUCCUUAAUCGGCGAGGCCUCAAAACCCUAGAGAAACCCACACCUUUCUUCUUCCUCUGCAAUCACACUAACAGUUCUCUUUAUCGUAGAAACUGCUCCUCAUGGUCUACCAUUAAAAUGAAGAUCGUGAAAGCCAAAGUUAUUUCUUCAACGCCUAUACGGCUCUCCAAGGCGGCCUCCAUUCUCUCCAAGUUCGCUUCUUCCGAGACCGGCGCGUCGCAGGCUCUCGGUGCAUACCUUCGACGGGCCUCUUACGCUUUCAACGAGCUCACUCAGCUUUCUAAGGUGCUGAAAUCGUCGUCUUGGAGAUCUCAUCGAAAAAAUCACAGCGGUUACGAAACGGAGGCCACUGUCGGAGGAGAAGAGAAUGCUACCCGGGCACCGGAACCAAUUCAAGAACCGAGUCAGCCGGAGCCUGAAAGCCAAGAACCAAGUCGUACCGGAGAGGAAAGAAAGGGGCACAAGAAGAAGAAUGAGGAGAAGGGUGAAUUUGUGAACUCUUUCAAUGAAGACGUUAAACUGGAAGAAGCUAGGGAAGAGGAGCCCUCUUCUGUGCGUAAUGCAGUUGAUGGAAACAUUGAAGCAGAGGGUGGGAAGAAGAAGCACAAGAAGAGAAGGAAAGAAAGGGGUGAUGAUGUUGAUAAUUCUGAGGAGAACGGGUUUCAGAAUGAGAAGGUAGAAACUGUAGUCAAAUUUGAGACUAAUGAGGUCGAGGAGAAGGAAAGGAAGAAGAGGAAGAGUGUGGAGGUUGAAGAAGAAGGAGAAAUUGGGUUUGAGGAGCAGAGGAGUAAGAUAAAGAAGAGGAAAAGUGGUGAUGGGGAUAACUAAGUGUACGAUUUUGCAAUGUUUUUGUUGAGCAAUCCCUGGAGUUGGCUGCGAAAGAUCUUUAGGAAAUUUUUGGGUAAUGUUUGCUUUGUAGUAUUGUAUAGCAUGGAGCGACAACUGCAACGGAUGGGUAAUGGUGAAUUUAUUCAUAGUGUCAUUUUCUCUCUUCAAUUUCUUCCAUUUUUGUCCUGUAAGUGCUAGUCCAGAUAGAACUUAAUUGCUAAAGCACAAACUUUUUCAUGUAAAGAGAAUGUUAUUGAAAUUUCCCAUUGAUUAAUGUAGGCGAAUCUUUCGCCUUUACCACCUAUGAAUAAUUGUUGUCAAAUGACUGGAUUUGUUCAUUUUUAGAAUCACAACAGGUUUAGAAGAC